AUGUCGCUGAAUCUCGUCACUCUUCCAGUGCUUGGGGCGUGUCUUACUCGCCGUCUCGAGCGAGUGCAUAAGUGGACGACGUUACCGGUAUCUGCCUGGCUCUUACUCAUAAUAUACGUCGACUCGUUCCUAUUCAUCUUUGUCACGGCUCUGUUGAAAGACAUUGGUCUCAAUAAGACGGCAGGAAUCUGCGAUGGAGGCAUUCUGCUUUGCCUGGUCUGCUAUAUGAGCACGAAAGUGCUCAUUUAUACCUUCCUCUGGGUCGUUCGAGGAUGUCUCCAGCGUCGUCGAGAAUCUAAACUCUAUCUAUUCAAUUGCUUCGGGAUGCUGCUACCAUAUGGAAUCAUGGUCGUUUUAAAUUUUGUUUGGCGCAUUGCAUACAUCGACGUGGACGGAAAAUGUAUCAUUGGGAUGGAGAAGCGGGCGAUGAUGCCACUCAUCAUUUUUGAUGCUGUGGUCAAUCUCUACUUGAACACGUUGUUCAUCGUGCCAUUACGCAAGAUGUACUCCUUUCAACACGGCAAUGGCAAGAUGAGGGUCCUCGCUUUUCGAACAUUCGUUGGCAGCUGUGCGACUCUCGUCUCAAGUGUGGUGAAUCUAACAGUCCUCAUGGCCGUUAGCGGCGAGCCUGGAUGGAUGUGUCUCAUGCUUUGCAACGCAGACAUCCUGUUCUGCGUCUUGGUCCUCCACUGGGCCACGAAGUUUGACAGUGGUGGCAGCACCCAUAACGCCUCGUGCGGUCAUCCAUCGCACGACCCUAUCGCUUCAACGCCCUCAACUCGCCUCCCUGAGCCAGUUGUCCACAAGCGCUGCAACUUCUUCACCCACUGCGAGGAAGACUUCCCAGAGGGCUGCUUAAAACACCACCCGUGGGAGGCCGCGAAGGUACCGCAUAGCCAUACUUGCUCUACAUCGCCGUGCAAGUCUCAGUCCGACGACAUUCAGUCGCAUGACCUGCGGCCGACAAACACACAAGACAGUGAAGAGGAGCAGAUGGGCAUCGAGCGGGCAUUGAAGUUACUGACUGGUCCUCCCAGGGAGAAGAAGGAAGUGAAAGAAGCUCGAGUUAAAGAAGCCCGAGCCGCUGGAAAGUGUUGA